AUGGCCAUGAAAUCUGUUUUCCAGUCUCAUGGCAAAUUAAAUGUUUGCUGCAUGUUUGGGAAGGAGGAAACAGCUACUCCAUCCUUCAUCGUAUGUUCUCUUUUACAUAGGGAGCGUAUGGAGCUAUUGGAGGAAGCCAGGAAGAUGGAAAUGGCAAAGUUUCGCUAUAUCCUUCCUGUUUAUGGCAUCUGCAAAGAGCCGGUUGGCUUGGUCAUGGAGUACAUGGAAACAGGGUCUCUGGAAAAGCUACUGGCUUCUGAUCCGCUGCCUUGGGAAUUGCGCUUCCGAAUCAUCCACGAGACAGCGGUGGGGAUGAACUUUCUGCACUGUAUGUCCCCCCCGCUGCUCCACCUGGACCUCAAGCCUGCAAACAUCCUGCUCGAUGCCCACUACCAUGUCAAGAUUUCUGACUUUGGACUUGCAAAGUGCAAUGGCUUGUCCCAUUCCCAUGACCUUAGCAUGGAUGGCUUGUGUGGCACGAUUGCGUACCUUCCACCAGAGCGCAUUAAAGAAAAAAACAGGUGUUUUGAUACCAAACAUGAUGUGUACAGCUUUUCCAUUGUGAUUUGGGGAGUUCUUACACAGAAAAAGCCUUUUGCAGAGGAAAACAACAUUCUGCAUAUUAUGGUAAAAGUAGUUAAAGGCCACCGCCCAGAGCUACCUGCUGUUUCCAAAUCCAGGCCUCAUUCAUGUAAUAACUUGAUCAAACUGAUGCAAAAAUGUUGGCAAGAUGAUCCUGGUGAGCGGCCAACAUUUCAAGAAAUCACUUCAGAAACGGAGGCCCUCUGUGAAAAACCAGAAGAUGAAACCAAGGAAGUGCUAUCUCAGGACCUGGGCACCAGGAGCUCCCCAGAGCAGCAGUCUGAGGGAAUGGCUGCACUAUCCCAGCCAAAACAGGAGCCUGCUGCAGCAUCUGUUAAGGAUUACAGUCUUUCGGAAUUGUUGUCCCAGCUGGAUUCAGGGAUUUCUCAGACUAUGGAAGGCCCUGAGGAUCUCAGUCGCAGUUCUUCUGAGUCCAAACUUGCGUCCAGUGAAAAUAAGCGUCUUUCAGGAGUUUCAUCUGUAGAUUCAGCUUUUUCAUCUAGAGGCUCCCUUUCCCUUUCCUUUGAAAGGGAGACAUCUGGGAAUGAUAUUGGAACUACAGACAUACAGAAGAGGAAGCUAACAGAGGCCAUUUUAUCUGGAGACACCAGCAAGCUGAUGAAGAUCCUCCAGCCUCAAGAUGUUGAUAUCGUUUUAGAUGGGAACUCCAGUCUUUUGCACUUGGCUGUUGAAGCUGGUCAAGAAGAAUGUGUCAAGUGGCUCUUGCUGUACAAUGCUAACCCUAACCUCACCAACAGCAAAGGAUCCACUCCUCUUCACAUAGCCAUUGAGAAGAAAGUUAAAAGCAUUGUGGAGCUCAUUAUGGCGAGGAAAAUUAAUGUUAAUGCCAAGGAUGAGGAUCAGUGGACUGCUCUUCACUUUGCUGCCCAGAAUGGGGAUGAAUUCAGCACCAAAAUGCUGCUUGAUAAGAAUGCAUCCUUAAAUGAGGUAGAUUUUGAAGGCAGAGCCCCAAUCCACAUAGCUUGUCAGUAUGGCCAAGAGAAUAUCGUGCGGAUCCUGCUCAGACGAGGCGUUAAUUUGGAUAUCAAAGGCAAGGAUGACUGGGUGCCACUGCACUAUGCCGCCUGGCAAGGCCACCUGCCCAUCGUGAAGCUUCUGGCCAAGCAGCCGGGUGCAAACGUGAACGUGCAGACCGUGGAUGGGAGGACCUCCCUGCACCUGGCUGCUCAGCGAGGGCACUACCGCGUCGCCCGCCUUCUCAUAGAGCUGGAGUGCGACGUGAACGUGCCCAACGCGCUCGCGCAGACGGCCCUGCACAUCGCUGCAGAGACCGGCCACACGAGCACGGCGCGGCUGCUGCUCAAGCACGGCGCAGGCAUCGGGGCAGCCACGGCCGAGGGCUGCACUGCUCUGCAUCUGGCGUCUCGCAGCGGCCACUUAGCCACAACCAAGCUGCUGGUGGAGGGGGGUGCCGACGUCCUAGCCAGAGGCCCCUCCAACAGGACAGCGCUGCAUCUUGCUGCAGAAAACGGGCACUCUGAAGUCGUAGAGGAACUUGUCAGUUUGGGAAACAUCGAUGUUUCUGACGAGGAAGGGUUUACAGCCCUUCACCUGGCUGUCAGGGGAGGUCACACAAAAGCCGUUGAGGCUCUUCUGAAGCACGGGGCGCUGCAAAGACCCACAUUUCACUCCCCGCUACGGCUCGCUCAGCAGACCAAUAAGAGCUCAGUUACUGUGUUGUUAAGUGAGCCUUAAGCAAAAUGUUCAGAAGCUGCUGCCUUCCUGCCUGCUGCAGGAAAGCC